ACCAGGCCUCAUCGAAGUCUUUCCUUGGACGACGUCGUCGUCAUGGCGGCAUACUACCCUCCUCCGCCUGCGCACUACCAAUAUUACGAAGCUCCACCGCCACCUCCUCCAGGAGCCGCUGCCCAUCCUGCUCAUCCUGCGGUAGCUCAGCCGCUACACCACCAGCAAUACCUACCUCCUCAAACCCAAUUCGUCAAUUACGCUCCGCCGCUUUACCCUCAAUCCUCGCACGACGAGGUCCGUACUCUCUUCAUAGCUGGACUUCCUGAAGAUGUCAAGGCUCGAGAAAUCUACAACCUAUUUCGCGAGUUCCCUGGUUACGAGUCCUCUCAUCUUCGUACUACAGCCAGUACUCAGCCAUUUGCUUUUGCUGUUUUUGUGGAUCAGCAGUCAGCCGUUAUGGCAUUACACACGCUCAAUGGAAUGGUAUUUGACCUUGAGAAAGGUUCCACAUUAUAUAUUGAUCUUGCAAAAUCUAAUCCCAGGUCUAAGCGCUUAAGAACAGAUGAUGAGAGUGCUGCAUCAGAGAAGAGGAUGAAAUCUUCUGCUUCUUCAAGGGGCACAGAUUCGGCAGGUGUUGGCAGCAUUCACAUGCCUGGAACGGGUAAUUCCGCUCACAACACGAUUGGUUAUUCAUCCACACAAAGUGAGGGAAGCUUUGAUGAUAGGGCUGCAAAUGACUCUAGUAAAAAAUUGAAUUCCACCCCAUGUCCAACACUUUUUGUAGCUAAUCUGGGCCCAACUUGUUCAGAACAGGAGCUCAUUCAAGUUUUUUCAAGAUGUCCUGGAUUUCUGAAAUUGAAGAUGCAGAGCACAUAUGGGGCUCCUGUUGCAUUUGUUGAUUUCCAGGAUUCUGCUACUUCAACUGAGGCUCUAAAUCGUCUACAAGGCACAGUUCUGUACUCAUCACCAUCUGGUCAGGGCAUGCGGUUGGAGUAUGCAAAAUCAAGGAUGGGAUUGCGUAGUAAGAAGUCAAGGUGAAUGCAAACGAUAGAUUGUGUGCAAAGUGUCAAUGCUGCAUCAUACUUGGUUUGCACCAUGGAAUGUAUGAAUUGUGCUGAAUUAGGAUCCGCAAUUAGCUUUUUAUUUACUUCCUUCUCUUUCCAUUGGUUCGGAUGGUAAAAAAUUUAACAGCAAUAAAUUGUAAUUAUGAACUUUUCAGCA